AUGUUUGGGAAGGAAGGGAAUCAUGAGAAGUAUGAUCACUGCCUCACGAUUAUCAGCAUUGCUUCCUGCUCCAUGAACUGCUUGGCACUCUGGUCAAGAUUAUUUAUCCAUGUCAACUUUGAGAUCAUGGAAAGACUUAUGAUCACAGUUUACACCAUCACUUCCACCAUAAAAAAUAUGGAUUUCCCCUCUAGAAAACUGUGGCAUGUUGGUCAUGGUACUUCUCAGAUCAUCAUCUCUGCAAACAUUGACACUGCCAAGACUGUGGGCAAAGUCAUUCCUGAGCUGAAUGGGAGUUUCACUGGCACAGUCUUCUGUGUUUUUAUCCCCAUGUCUUCCAUUAAUCUGACCUACACUCUGAAAAAAGAUGACACAUAUGGUGACAUCAAGAAGGUGUUAAAUCAGGCAUUGGACGGCCCCUUGAAGGAUAUCCUGGCAUAUGCAGAGGACCAGGUUGUCUCCUGUGAGUUUAAUAGUGACACCUAUUCCUCCAGCUUUGAUGUCUGGACCAGUAUUGCCCUUAAUGACAAUGUUGUCAAGCUUAUUUACUUAUAUGAAAAUAAAUUUGACUAUAGAAACUACAUUAUGGACUUCAUGGUUCACAUGGCUUAUAAGGACUAA